GCAGAUCAACACUGUCUUUCCACGGUACCGCAGAAGCUAUGCCUAAUGAGCUAGGUUUUCUUGCACAGGGAUGUCUUUCUACAGAGAUGCCCAGACAAUCAGUGUUAGCCGCCUAUCCACCGCAUACUCACUUCCCACGCAAGGCUCGAGAGACAGCAUCUCAGGUAGUCGUUUUGUUUGCUCCUCUUCUAUCUCUUGCCGCCCAAUUUCUCCUCGGAAACCUUUUCCCCUCUAUUUUCUGCUUGUCCGCAUCACUUCCCUUUGCACCAAAGUCCACGAAACCUUCAAAAUCACCUCUCAGGCUCGUUCUUCCUCGUCGCAGAAAGUAGACCAUCAACCCGUCAUAACACCAUCAUGAAGAUCUCCAACAUCGCCAUCGUCACCACAGCUGUUUUGGCUGGGCACUCGGAUGCCUGGUUCUACUUCAGUAUCCCGCUCGCACCGCUCAGGCUUCCUGCCAUAAGCAAUCCUGCUCCUCCUCCUGCUAGCAGCUGUUCAUGCCCAGCUCCGGUGCCUCCCCCCGACUGCCCGGCAGCCUUUUGUCCCGACCCCAAUUGCCCACCAAAUCCUGUAUACGACGCCUACGAAAACCAGCUUGCCGCCUGUGGAGGCAGUGCUCUCUUCAACAAGGACGGCGCGUGCCACUCGGGUCAUAUGAACUUCUACCAAGACAUCCCUCGCCUUGCCGUGCCCUUGUGGCAAUAG